GCUACAGUGCCCAUGCAAUGCGACGGCAGCUCAUGGGGCGACGUGCGCAACGGCGAGCGCGACGUCAAGAUCACGAAGGCCCCGCAGCGGGAUCAGGAUUCCAUGGCUAACCAGCAGGACCCGACCAUGAGCGACGUGUUGGGCCAGCUCUACGGCAGGUGGGCGAACGCAGCCGAAAAAAUGCUAGCUACCAUCGCAGAAGCUCCGAUGCGGCCGCGAUCGCGGCGAGGGCAGCCCACGCAGUGCGUUGGAAUACCGUGCACGCACCACGUCAAAGGCAAAAAGGAUGGCGACACCAAGGCAGAUCAACGGCGACGUCAUAGCAUGAACUUGAAUACGCUAUAUCAGAGGUGCCGCGAUGCCGAGCUUCUAUUGCGCAGGCAUCCUAAAGAUAGUGAACAGCAUCUCCGAGCGAUAUGCAGCAUCAUUGAGGCAACGGUCGACCAGAUUCAGCAGAGCGAGCUGACUAACACAGCGGAGACGGACUACCUUGACCAGCAGGCCUACCAGCUUGCACUGCGAGUCACAAG